AUGCGCGCGCUCAUGUCGACGAACAACAACAACAAUACUACGAGUAAUAAUAAAACGACGACGACGACGAAGACACGACAUCAGUUUCAACCUCCGCAACGCGCGCAAUCGACGAUAGGAGUGCCUCCUCGACAGAAAAAAAACGACAGUCUCGGCCCACCAAAACAACACCUUGUGUCCCGUUUCUGCGGCGGAGCGAGACUACCACCACCACCACCGUCUCAAACCAAGCGAGAAGUAACAACAACGAAGCAAAGGAGUACAAACGGCAGAGAAACGGCACCACCGAUAGCCCCUAGGCUCAAGCCGAGAGAACCGCCGGUGUUGGCGAAGUAUCCGCCAACCGCGACGGCGGCGCAAGGACGAAAACGCGGCGACCAAAGCGUACUCGUUCGAGGAGGACCGGCGAGGACGAAGACACCUUCUUCUUCUCUUCUGGUGACUUCAACUUCAACCGCCGCCGGCGGGAGAAAGAUGACGAGGACGACAACAAUGACAACGUCGACUGUUUUUGGGCGUCAAAAUGGUACAGAAAAACAACGACAGGAAACGAUAGGGACGAGCGAGCUCGAGUUGGAAAAACAGUUGAAGAAAAAAAUCGAAGAAACGAACGCGUCGCCGGGACGGAAACGAACGCUGUGCAAAGAGGCAUUCGACGACGUCGUUCAAAAAUCUAACCUCUUUCGAGGGCGUCUGGAACUCAUACGCGACGUUAUAUUUAACGAUAAUACUAAUGCCGAGGAUGAAAAGGAUGUAAAGUGCCUGGUAUGCGCGGAGAAUACCCCGACGAAAAUACGAACGCUCGAAGACUCUCUACGAAUAGAAAAGUUAGAGAGAUCAAACGCAAAAAGAGAGAACGCGAACGCGAUGAAAACAAUCGCAGAGCUACGAGCUGACGUUACGCAGCUCGGUAAGAUAAUUUCUCGUGUGUUUCGAAAUGAAAUCAAACCGAACGAGUUGAAAGAAAUAGCGGCGAGGUUUCGCGAAGCCGCUGCUUCGUCUGCUUCCUCGGCGUCCGAAGAUAAAAACGAAAGCGAAGAAGAAGAUGAUGAUGAAGAAGACAAUCAAUGGACACCAUUACCAAAAACCUCCCAAUUUUACGGUCUCCCGGUCGAAGAAAUCAGUUGGGGACGAACGUUAACGCCCAGAGUCAUGUCGCCGGGAUAUCCAGUCCCGAAGCUCGAUUUCUCGUUCGUCACGAAUAGCGUCGACGCCGAAGACGAGGAUAGCUUUUGCCGAGAGAGCGCGAGCAGUAGCGUGGUAAGCGACGAUAGUUUUUACGACGAUCAAGAAGAAGAAGAUGAUGAUGAUGAUGAUACUGUUGUUAACAAUAAUAAUAACGCUGAAAAAGGAAAAGAGGAUGAUGAUGAUGAUGAUGAUGAUGAUGAUGAAGACGCCGAAGUCGAUCGAUGGUUGAACAGUUGA